AUGGAUGAGCGGAUCAUCACGGAGAUUUUUAGGCGCUUCGACCGCAACAAGGAUGGGAUCAUCAGUCGCGAGGAGUUGUUGGCUGUCUUUGACAAGAUCUUGCCAGGUGCCAAAGACAUGGACCGCUUGAUCCAGCAGAUGGACACCAACCAUGAUGGCCAGAUCCAAUACGAAGAAUUCGUGGUAUGGAUCCUGGGUGCUGGGAAUGGUGAUGCCUACGCUAAGGACCGUUCGAGUCUUCUCAAUGCACAUGCGCAAGCAGCGCAUCAGAAGGUGCUCUUGCAACGGCAACCUGGUUCCAGCACAUUCCGAGCAGCUUGUGUUGGUCUUCGGGUCGAACGCCUGCGAGAAAGUCAAACAGGAGUGAAGCGGACGGCCCUGUUUUGGGGGCAGUUGAGCAGUGAACAAGGCCGGGCAAGCCUGGCGACGUUGCGGUCAGAUCCUCCAAGAGGAGCUUUGGCCGUGGUUUGCGCAGCCCACAGCCUGCUGAGAGUUUCCAGCAAAAAGAUUCACUGGGAAGAGGCGGAGGCGAUGUUGGAAGAUGUGGAUGCCUUCCUCAUGGAGCUGAAGGACUACAACCCCUACAGGGUCCCAGCCUAUGUGGUGCAGUCCUUCGAAGAGAAUCUCACGCUUCCCUACUUCGACUACAAAAGGAUGGAGGAGCGCAACUACGCCUGCGCCUGCCUGGGUUCAUGGGUCAUCGCCGCCGUGCGAAGCUGGAGGGAAGCGAAACAGAUGGUUCCUGUCGAAGAUGCGGCCCUGCGGGCAGAUGCUGCUGUGGCAGAGGUGGGCGUGUGGUUUAACUGCGUGCUGCGAGGUGAUGAUUCCUUCAUCGAGGUUGGAGAUCGAACAAAUAUUCAAGACUUGACAAUGGUGCACUUAGACACAGGCUGCCCGUGCAUCAUUGGACGGGAGGUGACGGUUGGGCAUGCCUGCAUUUUGCAUGGCUGCACCGUGGAAGACGAGGUGUUGAUCGGCAUGGGCGCCACAAUUCUAAACAGAGCGGUCAUUGGCCGUGGAAGCGUGGUUGGCGCCGGGGCACUCGUGCUUGAGGGGAUGCAAGUACCUCCAUUCUCUCUUGUGGUGGGCUCACCAGCAAAGGUCAAGAAGACCUACAAAGAGGAGGACCGGAUCAGCGCUCAAAGACAGCAUGCUGACAGCUAUGUUCGGAAGGCAACCCAUUUUCGCUCCGCCUUGCGGUACGAGCCUUCUUCGCCCAUCCCACGCGCGCCUUGGGGUGAAUGGAGCGUGGUUCUGAGUGGGAUGGCGCUUGUGUUGGCCCUGGUUUCUGUUGCAAAGCGCUGA